UUAAUAUGGUCGACUAUGAGAAACACUAUCUUAUCUGUGUACCAACCAUCACACUUGGCAAACCUAGUUCCAUCCAUGCAGAAUUGUAUUGAAUCCGCUACUGAAAAUCUCCAUUCAUCUGAACAAGAAGUUGUUUUCUCUAACCUCUCACUCAAACUGGCAACUGAUGUAAUUGGCCAAGCUGCUUUUGGGGUUAACUUUGGCCUCACCGGACCACAAUCAAUCAAUCAGAGUGAUCAAGUCUCUGACUUCAUUAAUCAACAUAUCUAUUCCACUACAAAACUUAAGAUGGACUUGUCAGGUUCUCUGUGGAUUAUACUGGGCCUACUUGCUCCCAUACUGCAGGAGCCUUUCAGGCAGAUUUUGAAACGAAUACCUGGAACCAUGGACUGGAAAAUUGAGAGGACUAACAAGAAGCUGAGUGGCAGGCUUGAUGAGAUUGUAUCAAACAGAAAGAAAAACGAGAACCGAGGUUCAAAGGACUUCUUGUCUCUAAUAUUGAGUGCAAGGGAAUCACAAAAUGUGGCUACCAAUGUUUUUACACCGGACUACAUCAGUGCAGUUACUUAUGAGCACCUUCUUGCUGGUUCAGCACCAACAUCCUUUACAUUAUCAUCGAUCGUCUAUUUAGUUUCCGGACAUCCCGAGGUUGAGAAAAAGUUGGUGGAAGAGAAUGAUGGGUUUGGUCCACAUGACCAGGUGCCAACUGCUUAUGAUUUCCAACAUAAAUUUCCUAUCUUGAUCAAGCAAGUGAUCAAAGAAGCUAUGAGAUUCUACGUAGUUUCUCCCUUAGUUGCAAGAGAAACAUCAAAAGAAGUGGAGAUAGGAGUUUACCUUCUGCCUAAGGGUACUUGGGUGUGGUUAGCAAUAGGGGUCUUAGCCAAAGAUCCAAAGUUUAUACCGGAACGUUUUGAUCCAAAAUGUGAAGAAGAAAAACGAAGGCACCCUUAUGCUCUCAUACCUUUCGGAAUCGAGCCUCGGGCAUGUGUUGGCCAGAAGUUUUCUUUGCAGGAAAUCAAACUCUCAUUGAUUCAUCUAUAUCGGAAAUAUACAUUUCGACAUUCUACUGCCAUGGAAAACCCUUCGGAGCUUGAAUAUGGCCUAGUUCUCAACUUCAAACAUGGUGUACAACUCACUAUCACGAAAAGAACAUGAUUAUUGU